CCUGCUCCUCGCUGCCUGCAGGGAGCCACCUCCUCCCUGUGGGUCCCUCUGUUCUUAAGAGCACCCUUUCCAUAGCUGGGAGAGUGAAUUCCUCCUCCUGGCAACCCUCCCCUGUGCCAUUAGGCAACUUCUGUGGCUCCCUCUUCUCCCUCCUGCAUUUGUAAUCUCACCAGGGCUGUUACGCAAAGCAAGGAGCUCUAAAAGCAACGGGAUGGGCGGCAGCAUCCCCAGGGAAGAGGAUGGUGGAGCCCUGCUGCUGGACUGAGUCUCCCUGGGAGCCCCCAGCACGGGGGAGGCCGGAGCUCCCCCUCUUCCCGUGCUGAGCAGUGACUCACUCGUGUCACAUUUGGCUCCUGCGCUCCCCUCCUUCCCCAGGGGAAGCAUCACGUGGGCUGCGGCGUGGGCUGGGGGUUAUUUUGGGAGGUUCCCCUCGCCCUCCCCCUAUACAGCUCCAAUUGGGAACAGCAGCGGCCUGACCCAGCUCCAGCAGAGUUCAGCUCCUGGGAGGCAGCUCGGAGCGGGGCUCUCUUUGCUCUCUAUCCCCGAGCUCCCCUCUGCUGCCAUGAAGGCUCUGUGUGCUCUGGGAUGGGGUGGCUCCAAGGCCUAUGGAAAACACCUGCAAACCGGUGGAGCGGGAUUUUUCCAGCGUGGUUUGUGGCUCAGCCCCUCCCCGUGUCCCAGCUAAAAUUAGCUCUGUCUUCACAAGAGCUUCGCUUCGCAUCUGAGCGUAUAAAUAAAGGCUGGCUCCCCAGUGCUGCCUGGCACUUGGCAGCUCCCAUGGCCCAAAAGGCACGGCUCCAGGAAUGGGGAACAGGUGAAGGGUUGCUCUGUGAGCACAAAGUGCUGCUGCCUCAGCCCAGGGGCUCCAAAACCGCCUCCAACCCAUCCCACAGGCGAGGUGAAGCCAGGCCAUGGGAUAUGUUUGGUCUUCCAGCUCCCCCUGACGAAUGUUUCCCGCUGGGCUCUGCCUUUAGGAUGUUGGAGAACCGAGAGGAAGAGCUGACCACGGUGCGUGUCCAGGACCCUCGGGUGCAGAAUGAAGGCUCCUGGAAUUCCUAUGUGGAUUAUAAGAUCUUCCUCCACACCAACAGCAAGGCCUUCACUGCCAAGACCUCGUGUGUGCGGCGCCGGUACCGUGAAUUCGUGUGGCUGAGGAGGCAGCUCCAGAAGAAUGCUGGCUUGGUGCCUGUCCCAGAGCUGCCCGGGAAAUCCACCUUCUUCGUGGGCAGCACGGAUGAGUUCAUCGAGAAGCGGAGACAGGGGCUGCAGCAGUUCCUGGAGAAGGUGGUGCAGAACGUGGUGCUCCUGUCCGACAGCCGCCUGCACCUCUUCCUGCAGAGCCAGCUCUCGGUGCCCGAGAUAGAGGCGUGUGUGCAAGGCCAGGGCUCACAGACGGUGACGGAAGCCAUCCUGCACUAUGCCAUGUCCAACUGUGGCUGGGUGCAGGAGGAGGAGAGCCGCCCCGCGCUGCUGCCGGGGGGGGACCUGCAGGGCAGCUGUGCAGGCCUGGGGAGCCCUCAAGGGCCGAGCUGCUUGCAGAGCUUCCCGGACUGGGGCGACUUCGGCAUGGACGAGCCGCACUCGGACAGCCCGGAGGAGGCGGCAGAGCCGCUGGGAGCAGGGCGUGAGGAGCAGUAACCGGCGCUGGAGACCUCCCCCUGCCCUGCAGCCCUCGCUGGAAGAGGGACUGCGGCCGAGCCAGGGCUGGGCAGGGUGGAGGCACUUG